AUGGACCACUUCAAACGUCCAGACGGCAUCUCUGCCCCGAACGCCUCCAAUCCCACCACGAUCGUCCCACGCGCCACUGGCCCUCUCCCUUCAUACCCUACUUCUACUUCUACACUCUCCUCCGCCUCGUCGAUCGCUCCUGCGAUCCCCGCUUACCCUUUGACUUCUUCUUCCUCUUCCCUUCAUCAUGCCCCUGCCCCAAUGAUGGAGAUUGAUAAACACUCCCUGGCGGAAGAUCGUUCUCGUCGAGCUACCAGUGUCCUCUCCAUGGAUGACCUUGAAGCUGCCCAAGCUUUAGAGGGCCUUCGUUCCGACUACGGUCACUCCCGUACCUCCUCCCACACUCAAUCCCUCAGUCCCGAAUCUCAAUCCCAAUCCGAACCCCUCAUCUCCCUCUUGACCUCCACCCAUCCCCUGAUCUCCUCCGCCAUUCACGGUUCCGUUUCCGCGUACACCACCUCCAAGUCUUACUCCCCCCGUUUCAAGUCGAGCGCCGAGUUCAUCGAGCGCAACAUCGGCUCCCCCGUCGCCAACACCGUAGGCUCCGUCGGCCGGAAGACCGGUGUUGAGAGCGGUCUUCGCUGGGCCCUCCAGCGCAAACCCUCGGAACGCGAUUCGAAGCGGUCGAAACGUCGCAAGGUGGGCGGCGAGAACCACCCGACUACGGAACCGGACGUGGAGAAGGGUCCCGACGACGAGUUGGACGAGCCGCUCCGCAGUCCGUCCGAGAUGUCCACGGCAGAGACCCUCCCACCGUACGAUGACCUGAGAUCCCCCAAUUAUGAGGAGAUCGGCCGGGACCAUCCCUCCCAGCGGAAUCCGACCUGGCAGAGCCGACUGGUGAUCUCCACGUCGGGCCUGGGGGUUGCGAUGAGCGAGGAGUCGCUGCGCAGCCUGCAGUACUGCCUGACGUGGCUGCGAUGGGCCAAUGGACGGCUCGGGAAGGCCAUCCAAGCGCUGCAGGCAGCUCUGAAGGAGUGGGACGCGGUGCGGCAGGAGAGCGGCGACGGCCAGAACCAUACCCUGUUGACCCAGCGCAUCCAGGCCGUCAAGGCCGAUGUCCUGCAGACCUUGAAACAGGUCGUGGAGGUCGUGUCCAAGUACGCCGGUGGCGCCCUCCCCGACAACGCGCGCAACCUGGUCCGUCGACACCUGACCUCCCUGCCCCAUCGCUUCCAGGUGGCGUCGAACUCCCACCCCCCGCCCGACUCCAUGGAGGCCUCGUCCGACGACACCCUCGGGGCCCACCGCAUCCUCGUCUUGGCCCAGGAGGGUCUCGACAUGAUGGGUCAGGUCAGCGGGGUCGUCAACGACACGCUGGUCAGCGCGGAGCACUGGUGCGAUCGUCUGGGCCGGAGACGCCCGGACACGAAGACCCCGGACACCGUGGAACAGCCUGCCUCGAAUGGGACGUUCCCGGCCGAUGUGAAGCUGCCGAUCACCGAGCCGCAGAUCUCGGAGCCACAGAUUGCUGAGCCACAGGAUCUCCCGAUGACGGGGACGGAUGAGAAGGUCUAG